UUCGUUUAUUAUAUCCGCCGGGUCCGUCCCGAAGAGUAGUGAGUCGCGUUGCGUUUUGUUGUCCAGCGGCAGCGACGGCUCACUCGCCCUAAGUGACGUCACAGCCGGCUCCCAGCCUGUAGCGCGCUCUUCUGCACGAGCUCGUGACGUGACGUCAGGAUCGGCGGUCCAGCGAAGAGGGGGGUUGGCCGAGGCUAAGCGUGUUCGCUCAAAAAGCCCGACGGCCGCCGAAGCGAGUGGUGAGAGCGCAUUCAGCGCGGAACUGUGAUCCGAGCGAGCGAAAGUUAGUGGGACUGCUGGGGUUUCUCCGAAGGUCUGCUGACUCCCCCGAGGAUUUGCAACGCGUCCCAACAGCGUCUGACAAAGAAGUCGACAUAUCUUGCACAGUGAUGUUGCCUCCACGCUGGCUGUGCCUCCUGGUCGUGUUCCUGGUGCAGUGCCGAGCCCAACAGCACCAGAGGGGGGGAUCGCCCGAGCGGUCGGCCUUCUUCGGCCCCAUCAAGCAGGACGCCGCCGUGCCCGCAGAACAGAGGAACUACGCCUUCUUCAGGAACGCUCUGCUAAGCGGCCGGGUACCGUACCGGAGUUCGGCGCUGUUCUACAGUGAGCCGGAGCGGCGCGGGGGCCGGUCGGGCCGACACAGGAUGUCCUUCUACGACAUGGGUCUGGAAAAGCGGUUCCCCGAGGUUGACCAGAGGGGUUUCCACGAAGACAUCUUCGAGGAGAGUUUCGGAGACUUCAGCCCCGUCAAAUAGGGCCCGGGCAGGGAACCCAACCUGCGCGAAAGCCAACCUGCUCCUCGCCCACCAGCCAGCCACCGAGUCGGCGAUGCCGUACAUUCAGUGUCGAUUGUUCGUUCAUAAACCAAAACUAUUCGCGCUUUGUCAGCGAUGCGGGGACCUUGCGUUGGCAGCACCAGAUGUGUAAAUGGAACAUAUGCCUCGCUUUCGUUUUAUUACCGGCACACCGCGCCACUCAGGCAGUCGGAGGCAUAUGAUCUAAUUGUGUGUCGGUCUGCUGCUGAAUUACAUUGCUCGGAGUAAAGCUAUGAGCGAGGUAAUACUUU